AUGUCUGGCCAUAAUACACUGAUUUCAACAGCUCACUCCUUUCUCUCACUGAAUACUCCAAGGGUGUCUGUGGAAGCAACAAUCAAUUCAGGCUUACCAGGGCUCAAUGUUAAAGAUUUUGAUUAUCGCGCAAGAAAGUUUGAUUACUUCAACAAAGGUCUGAUUUCUUUAACACUCAAGACUCUGCUUGUCGAAUACUUUUCUGGAGCAAGGUUGUUUGCCAAAAUCCAAAGAACAGACACCGGAAUCACUCAGGCAAUAGUUCAGGGACAUCCGAAGCAGUUUCCCUCUUCUCUUGAAUACCUCAGAGAACUACUACAAAUCAAAUAUGAUGCUGCUAUUGUUUGGGGCGAAGCGAGCGCUGUUUCCAAAGAAAGCCGAUACAACUCGAUCACUAUUGAAGAAGCUUUACCAACUUUGGAAAGGGAUCCGUCCUCGGGAGAGUUUCUGGAAAAGGAACUUGACGAAAUCUCUUUUGGUGGGUCUGCUGCUACUGAAGCUUUGAAGAAAAUUGUCAAGGAAACAUUCGCUAGUAUGGCAAAUGCAACUACUGGUUUUGGCAUUGCAAAAGGAUGGAUUCCCGCUGUCCCGGAAAAGCACAUCACUGUCAAACGUGGAGACGAAGAAUACGACUUGGAGGUUUCUACCAUUUCUUCUCUCUCCGCAUUGAUUGAAGCAGUGCAGAAGAAAUUCCCAUUGGCUCUGAAAGUCAAGAAACUCUACCGCUUGCACGAAGAAACUCCAAUCGUUGUGACUGAUAUGAAAGACCUGCGCCAAGAAUAUUUGUAUUAUGUCCUGGCAGGUUUCGAAGAGCUUCCCAAGAAGCAGACCACCAAGUUCACAACAAUGGAGGAGUUCUUUGACAAGUUGAAGAUUCAACAAGAACUGGAUGAUGAUGAAAUUCAGCUUAUCAAGGACUGUCUUGGAAAACAGAAAGUCAAAUUCACCCAAUUGAUGGCCACUGGCGAUCUGGCAUUGACUGAUGAGAAGCUCAAAGAAAUUGGAAUCUCUCAAUUGGGUUUAAGAACAGCAGUUCUAUUAACCUGGUCGAAUGGCAAAAGUCUUGGUCUUAUAAUGAUUGGAAAUAUUACAACUGUAAUUUUGUGGCUCUUACAUUAUUACAAUUGUAAUUCCGAGUUUACAAUUGUAGUUUCCAUUGUUUACUACAAAUGUCAGCAGAUUACAGCCUGGAUCAGAAGAGUUGCUGCUUUUAAUGAUGCUGAUUUGGCAGAAGAGCUCAAUUUGAUCAACAAGAAUUCAUUCAAUGCAUUUGCUAGGGCAAUCAGUCGCACACGUCGUCCCGAACUGGACUCUCAUAUUCACAGAAAUGGUGCGUAUGAACCACAUCCCCACGCAGAUACAAUCAAUUUGUUGCUUUCUAUUGGAGAGAAUGUACUGUCUGCGAUCAAUUCGGAAACACCAGUGAGCCCUGUCCCUUACGCAGUCAGUCCUUAUAUGGAUGUCACUGCCAGAAUCAAGAUCUUGACCUGA